CUUUUGCUGUCGUGAUCGCAUUUUUCAAUUGCUGACGCGAUCAGCUCUGUGUUGCUUUGCUUGUUGACGAUGACGAUGAUGACGAUGAUGAUGAUGAACGCAGGGUGUGUGCUUCGGCGAGCCACGGCCACACCGAAGAUGAUGGCCAUGGCGCUCAACGCCUCCCGUUCUGCUGCACGCGGCUCUGUGUCUCAGGUGUGCCGCCGGGGCAUGGCUUACACUGCGCCGUUCCACGAAGACUGCAAGCCUCCAAGCUUCGUGCCAGAGGAGCUUGCCAAGCAGUAUCCCGUCUGGCACACCGAGGUGGUGCAAUGGGGCGACAUGGAUGCCUUCCAGCACGUGAACAACGUCGUGUACUUCCGGUACUUUGAGAACGCCCGCAUCAAGUUCCUGCACAAGCUCUGCGACUUUGCCAAGACCGACUUUGUUGGCACCCACGCAGUCGGCCCCAUCAUGGCGGACGCGUACACGCGGUUCAAGGCGCCCCUCACCUUCCCCGACACCCUCUCCCUCGGCAUCCGCGUCGAUGAAGUGGAACGCGAUGAGCUUCAGCUCGUCUACCAGCUGGUGAGCGAGAAGCUGAAAGGGACGGUGGCUGCUGAGGGCCGUGGGCGGCUGGUGAGCUUCGACUACCGCACGGGCGCCAAGGCUGACUUCCCACCGGCCAUGGUUGAAGCCAUGGUCUGGCUGCAACCGGAUGAGCCCUCCCUGCAGGCCCUCAUCAACAACAACCUGGAGUGAUCACACGCACACACACACAGUACCGUUGCGUGUGACUCGUGUGCCCAUCGUUACACUUGCGUGUGCUUGACUGCCUCCUGCACCCACACUCCCAAACACAAAGCUGCUCUUCUAUAACCGGUGCUUGCUGCAUGCACACUCCUGUUGUGGAAUGCGAGCGACUCAAACCAAACUAAAAACAAGCCUAAAAAACAAGCCAACCCUUAGUCAC